CCUCCCUCCUCUCCCUUCAAUUGUCCCCUCACCCACUUGUUCUUUUUUCUUUCAUCCUCUCUUUCUUCUCUUAUUAUCCCUCACACCCCUCCUAAAAUGCACGCAUCUCUCAUUUCUAAUAGAGAUUUAAAGUUUUUUUUUAAUUUCCAGAUGGACUUCAGAGGCGAACCAAAUAAAACUUCCCAUCUUCAGUCAAUGCUUCUCUCUGAAUUUCUCCCUUAUCGAUGGAUUCGAGUCAAAUAUGGAAACCUAAGUAGCUCUAGAUCGGCAGUUACUCGCACUACAACAAAUGGCGGCAGUGGCAGAGGAGAUUCAAGAGGCACAUGAGAAGGAUGUGACAAUGGUGGAAGACUUAGCGUGAAGACUCGUCAGAGGACGACGACGAUGGGCAAUGAAGCCCGCCUGAGAGCGGUGGUAGUGGAUUUGGUGGCGCCAUGGCGGCGACUAAGGUGGCAACGGCAGUGGAUUUAAUGGCAGUGACUAAGGCGGCUGAGAUGGUGGUGGCACCGCCGGAGAUGGUGGCAUUCCGGCAUCAGAUCUUGUGCAGUAACAUGUAGACUUCAUUCGUGUGAAGUUGAACUUUAGUGUUUACGGAGUAUUUUAUAAUAUUAAUUAUUAUUAAUAAAUAAACCAGAUCUUGCAUUAAGGGUAGUUCGGUCAACACAAGUUCUUUUACUCCUAUGGAAGGUUAAGGUCAUAAUUUUGCACUUUUAUUAUGUUUUACUCCUAGUUUGGUAUCUCUAUCACAUUGUAUGAUUUAGUACGGAGUAUAUUUGUUAGUUCAAUCACCAGA